CGAAAAAGAGGGUUGUGAUAAUAACGGCGCCACCAAAGUGGUAAGCACUCACUCUAAAAUUGGCGACUGCCGCCGAUUUCUUAUUCUCUCUGGCUACUUGUGCAGCUUUCUCAGGGUUCUGUUCUGUGUCUGCUCGGUUCACCAAUACCACAAUAUCAAUGGCUGCUUCCUUGACUGCAGGAACAUUACAGGAAGAUGCUGCAAUAAGAGGGGGAGAUAAGCUUAUACUAAGGGGUUUGCAGUUCCAUGGUUUCCAUGGGGUGAAGCCAGAAGAAAAGAAGUUGGGUCAGAAGUUUCUGAUAGAUGUUGAUGCUUGGAUGGAUCUUCGGGUGGCUGGAAAGUCUGAUAAUUUGUCAGAUACUAUUAGCUACACCGAUAUUUAUCACAUUGUAAAAGAGGUUGUUGAGGGGCCACCUCAUAAUCUUCUGGAGUCUGUUGCUGAACAAAUUGCAUCUACUACUCUAAAAAACUAUCCCAAGAUUUCCGCUGUCUCUGUGAAAGUUGGAAAGCCUCACGUUGCUGUUCAUGGUCCUCUUGAUUACUUGGGUGUCGAGAUAUAUAGAUACAGAAGUAUUGACGCUCCAAUCUAAAGAAUAAAGAUGUUGCCAUUUAAUCUAUGUCUAAGUGAUAGCCUGACACAGGUUAGCUAUGCGUUUUUUUUUUCCCUUGUUCCUUUCAAACACUUGGUGGGGUUCUUGUUCUAUAUUUUGUAGUUCUUUCUCGUACGUAUGCUUAUUUGUUGAUUUCUUUUAAAUUUUAAUGAUCUGUAAUUCAUUUCUUUC